AUGCACCCAUUACAGAUGGUCAAUACGCGGGUGGGAAGGACUAUACACAGAUCCUACAUUGGCCGACGAGUGGGAUGUUCGCAACCAGUCCUCGUUGCUCUUUUCAUCAUAUCUGGCUUUGUGUUCCUCUUCUUCCAGAUGGCAGGGAUGAUGCCCAAGAGACCAGGUCCUCCAUCCUUUGCCUGGGCGCCAAAUGUUUCUCGAAACAUUUCAGCCUAUGUGAGACCCACUGUGACAACAGCACUGAUGCAGCCUGAGAAUUUUUGCCAGGAUGACCCUUUUUUGGUCUUCGUGGUACCAAGCGCCAUAAACAACACCAAACAGAGGGACACCAUAAGAAGAACUUGGGGGCAAUGGGCUGGUUGUGGCCCUUCCCCGCCGUCUUCCAUUGAUGAAGGAGCAGAUAGUCAAGGCACCACAAAAAAGAAAUCAGUCCUGGCCAAGAUGAUGGUUGCUCCACCUAAGACAUCGAAACUAGUCUUCCUCCUGGGAAAAUCAAAGGGAGACCAGCCCAUCAGUGAAACCUUACAGGAAGAGAGCUUUAGGUAUGGAGACUUAAUCAUUGAGGACUUCAUCGACUCAUAUACCAACCUGACCCUCAAGACAGUGUUCAUGCUGAAGUGGGUUCACCGCAACUGUCCUACUGUAAAGUUUGUUAUGAAGGUAGAUGAUGACAUUUUCGUCAAUGUAGUUAACCUUCAGAAGACGCUCCUGAACCAAACUAUAACAAAGACACCCCUCUUGAUGGGGAGCCUCAUCUGCGGUGCAAAGCCCAUCCAUGACCAAUGGUCUAAAUGGUACACACCACAGUACAUGUUUCGAGAGGGUAAAUAUCCAAAUUACUUGUCUGGUACAGGCUAUGUGUAUUCUGGGGAUUUGGUAGAACGCUUGUUCAAGGCAGCCCUUGCUGCACCUUACUUCCACUUAGAGGAUGUCUUUCUCACAGGGCUGUGUGCACGAAGUAUUGGUGUUCGUCCUGUGGACAAUGUAGGCUUCAGUUACCACCCUCGGGCUGUGAGCCCCUGUCUCUUCAAGGAGGUUAUAAUGGGUCAUGGUGUCGGUCCCUCGACAAUGGUCAAACUCUGGAACAUGCUGAAUGAGCCAGCGACAGUUGCCAAAUGCCAUCCUAUAAAGAAAUCAAAGCUAAGAAGUUACAAUCCUAAGUGUUCAUGGAGAUAAGUGAGACUGUGUUAAUGCUGUGGUGCUGUUUGUUAUGGCAUUAAUAAUACUUGUCAAAAAGUGUAGUGUGUGUGUGUCUUUGUUGUGACUAUAUUUUUUGUUCCGGUGAGUCUGACUACAUGUGAAUGUUUAUUGGUACUUAUGUAUAUAUGGUUGCAAUUGUGUGUGCAUGUUCUUGUUAGCAAGCAGAUUUUUAUUGGGUAUGAGAAGGAAAUUAGUUUUAUAAACAAUAUUUUAAUUUUUUUUCUUUAUUGUCUAUGCUAUUUUAUUUUAUCUUGCUUUAAGAUAUGAAAAAAUACCUUUUGUGUGCCGUAGAUUGCCAAUGUCAUGACCUUCACUGUGAAGGGAGUGUCUACAAACUCAGUCCUUUUUACUGUGAUAUUAAUCAUCAGAAAUAAUGUGUGAAAGGAGUGUCAGAAUAUCAGUUAUUUAUACAAUGGAAGGUCCUCCUGUUAGAAUAGGGUUACAAGUCUUGCCAUCAAUUCUUCUCUUUGUAAUCUUACUCAUUCAUGCUGUUGAUAAAUCAGAUUACCUUUUAGGAGAUGUAGGUUUAAGUUUGGAUUAUAGGGUGAAUCUCACUAUCAUUAUUUUGAGUAAAAUCUGUCAUUGAUCCCUUUUUUUUUCUCUCAGUAUGUAAGCUUACAUUUCCCUUAUGGUUAUUAUUUCUUUUCAUUAUAAUUUUGAUGUCCAAUCACACAAGCUUUACUUGUGCAAUUGACUGGAUGGGUGCCAUAAUUGCUCAGACAUGAAAUACAACAGGUAGAUCAUUUUAUGUGAUCACCAUUUUCUUUAGGCAAUUAAGACAGUCUUCAGUAACAUCCGAAGUAGAAAGAAUAUAUUUUUCUUUAGUUUCAUUUUUUGUGUAUAUAUUUAAGGGAAAUUGAUUCAAUUUUUCCUGCAUGUGAUGAUAAAUGCAUUGAUAAUGGAUUUAGCGAUUAGUCAUACAGUUUUUAGAUUUUUAUGAAUGAUUGCUAGCAUGAUAACUAGGGUUUACAGGUAAAUGAGAUGAUUGUAGGACUUCAGGAGUCUUGUUCUUAAUUAAGAACUUUACCACUAAUAAUGAGUAGACUUGUAUUUAUAGAAUCUUCUAUGUCUUUCAUUAGGCAUAUGAAAGACAAAUUGCAACAUAUCAUUUAUUUAUGUAUUUAUUUUUUGUAGCUUAAACAACUGAGAAAAGGAUACAUUUCUUAGGGUUUUUUAGAGCAUGUUGAAAUUGAGGACAACAGGAUGCCUACAAGUUUGCAUUAAUUGGACAUUGUUGCGAAGUGCAAUGUAUUAUUGAUAGUAAUUCCUUAGCUAUGGUGGAAACCACUUGUUGCUGAAGAUAAAACCUUGAUAUUGAAACCUGGUUAGGAAAGCUGCUGUUUUUUUUUCUUUCUUUCUUUCUUUCAUUUCUUUAUAUUUAUAUAGGUAAAAGAAGGAAACCGAAAGUUUUGUAGUAAAUGGGUAGAUAAGAUGCAAAGGAAAAAAAGGAAUGGAGUUCAGGAAAAAAUAUAAAUAGGUAUUGUUAGGAGAAUACGUGUCUGAAAAGGAAUUUUUGUUAUAAGGCUAUGGAAAUUUUGGAUUCAAAACCAAAAGUCAAGAAUUCAUUGGUAUGAUUCUCACUCUCUGCUUCAUGUUAUAUGAUAGGAUGGAUAUAUGCCUAUAUAGAUGUUUAUAUAUUUAUAUUUAAAAGUAAUGCAUAAACAACAACUCAACAACUUGUAGGAGGA